GGCGGGAUCCGUGACAUACGGUUCUCCUAAUCCGAACAUAAUGCACCGCCAUUUGAAACCCACUGCCAUAGGCAUCAAGCUUCUGUUCCUAAUAAUCGUCGCGGAAACUUCCAGGGGACCAAACAAGCUCCAACGAGACGUCCCGGACACUUUCAAGAUAUUUCAAGCCUUCCCCAAUCCCAUUGCGGCAGUGGACAUCGACAACGACUCAAUUCUUGACUGCCUCUCCGCGCGCAGAGCAGAGAUUGAUCCUGAGACACAGACUGCUACUUACAUUUGGUCACUGGCCGGAGACGACGGUAAAGAGAGACAGCACAUUCCGUUUUACCACAUGCCGGGAGAUACACCUGAUGUCAGCCUGUUCACCGUCGGCUCAAAAAGCGCUCCCGUUGAAGUCGGCCGAUUCCUCUACACGGACUACAAGGACUGCGCCGUCCUAGAAGUUUCUCACUUCGGAGACCAAUGCACACUGUGGGUCUCAGAAGCUGUCCUGGAGUCCAUUCCCUCCAGCUGUCUGGAGCAGUACGCCGACGUAUGUGGCGAAGGUGCCACAAUUCACGACAUGGAUGUAUGCAAGGACGCCUACAACUAGGGAUAGGUGCACAGUGGCCGUAGCGACAACGAAUAUGCGCAAUAUUGUGGCUCUUCAAUGCACCCAUUGCAUGAAUUGUGCACUCGCAUCAGCCCAGUACGAUGUACCCCAAACCUCUAGAUGCAGAAAUGUUUGGUUACGUCAAUAAACUCAGUAUUCACGGC